CUGGUGCUGACGACGUCAUCGCGCUGAGCAUUGUGGGUGAUAGUAGGAACAUGGCUGACAGACUUUGCUCUGGUCGACUCUGUCUGGUUCCGUACUAAUCUACAAAUUUCCCCGUCAUCUGACAGGUGGUGGACAUACAUACCAGACCACCCUUAUCUAGAACGCUUCGUAGGUAUUUGUGCGUGAAAACAGAAAAAUUCAGCGUGUUUUAUAAUGUGAAAACAGGAAAUAUCUGAAAUUACGACUCUGCCGUCGAGACGAGCGGCCGUAAAAUGGCCGACCGUCAGCCAUCUUUGACGGCCACGUAACUCAGCGCUUGUAGAGGCCCCGAGCUCCAGCGCUCAGGCUGUGACUAGUUUAACUUAAAUUAGUGUUUAGUAGUAAACUAUAAAGCAAUACUACGUAUUUAGCAAGUGUUUAUAUAUAAUUUAUUGCGAGUUGAGGUGUUUGGUGGGUGGGCCUGGACUCUGACACUCACCGGCUCAAGAUGAGGAAGCAUAUAGAAGACAGUGGCUCAGACAGUGACGAGGAUCAGUCUGGGUCAGGUAGUGGGUUUGAUAAUGACAACGACUCAGACAACAAUGAAAAGGAAAGCAAGUCUGGUGGUGGAAGUGACUCGGACUCUGGAUCUGGCAGUGGAAGUGGUUCCGGAUCAGGAAGUUCAUCCGACUCAUCAGAUAACAACAACUCUGAUUCAGAUUCUGACAAUAAACAGUCUGGGUCAGAUGAUGAUGAUGAUGAUGAGGAUAAAGAUGAAAAUGAUGAUGAUGAUCAGGAUGAAGAUCAAGAUGAUGAUGAUCAUGAUAGGUCAGGAAGCUCAUCCAAUAGUAGCAGACGAGGAGGUUCAAGGAAAGGAGGCAAGCAGGAAUUAAAGUCGAGUACUUCACAGUGCUGGGAGGAGAAUCCCGAUAUCUACGGGAUACGCCGCUCGGCGAGAGAGCGUAAGGAACCUGAUCGUAUGAAAGUGGAACCUCAAGAAGCUGCCUCCAAAAAAGUCAGAAGAAGAAAGAGCUCUAGUCAGUGGAAUAGUUCUGAUCAGUCUGAUAGUGAAAAUUCUGACUAUGAUUCACCUAAACCUAAAAGAAAACCCCCAAGCAAAAAGACGAGUUCAUCUUCUUCCAAAAAAAAGUCAUCAUCGCAUAAGAAGCACAAGAGUAGCAGUGAAGGCAGUGAGAGCGAAGGUGGCACCAAGAGGCGGGGGUCAAACCGUGCUGCCAAAGAAGUGAGCUAUAAAGAAGCAGAAAGUGAAGAGGAGGAGGAAGAUGAAGAGGAUGUGAUAGAAGGAGACUGGUCCCAGCCUUUAUCCAAAGAAGAAGAAAAUGUACAUACAUUAGAAAAAGUGCUUGAUACUAGGAUUGGCAAGAAAGGAGCUGUGGGGAUGCAGACCUACAUCUAUGAAAUUGAUAAAAAUGGUGACCCCAAUACUGAUUUUGAUCCUAAUGAUCCUGAGCAAGCUGAAAAGCAAUAUUUAGUCAAAUGGAAGGGUUGGGCUCACCUCCACAACACUUGGGAGUCAGAAGAGUCUUUAAAGACUCAGAAGUACAAUGCAUUUCAGAUCAAAGGUCUGAAGAAACUGGAGAACUUCCUGCGUAAAGAAGAGGAUAUGGACUCGUGGCGGAAAAAUGCAUCACCAGAAGAAGUAGAAUACAUGGAAAUCCAGUCGGAAUUAGAGAAGGAAUUGCAUCAGUCACAUAUCAGGGCAGAAAGAAUAUUUGCGGAAGCUGAAGAGAAUGGAAACCGUUACUUUUAUGUGAAGUGGGAGAACCUUCCAUAUGCUGAAGCUACUUGGGAGUUGGAAGACCUUGUUAAUACAAGAUUUAGUCAACAAUUAAAACAAUUUCGAGAACGUGAAAAAUCCACUUGCACUCCUAAGCAGUGUUCAGCACUGAAACACAGACCAAAAUUUUCACCAAUGAAAGUGCAGCCAGACUACUUAGGUGGUGAUAAUGAGGAUUUGGAGUUGAGAGACUACCAGAUGGAGGGUGUUAACUGGCUAAUUCAUGCAUGGUGUAAACAUAACUCUGCUAUUCUGGCAGAUGAGAUGGGCCUUGGUAAAACCAUCCAGACAAUCGCAUUUUUAAGUUACCUGUUUCAUACUCAUCACAUGUAUGGCCCAUUCAUUCUUAUCCUACCAUUGUCAACACUCAAUGCUUGGCAAAAAGAAUUUGCUACCUGGGCACCAGACAUGAAUGUCAUUGUGUACAUUGGUGACAGAGACUCUAGAAGAAUUGUGAGAGAAUACGAAUGGAGCUCAAACAAACGUAUCAAGUUUAAUGCCGUCCUUACAACUUAUGAGAUUGUUUUACGUGAUAAGGAAGACCUGCGAGAUUCCUGUCAUUGGGCAUGUCUUGUAGUUGAUGAAGCCCAUAGAUUAAAAAAUGAAGAGUCCCAGUUGUAUCAAGCCUUGAAGGAAUUCCGCACUAAUCAUCGCCUGCUGAUCACUGGUACUCCUCUUCAAAACUCUCUAAAGGAAUUAUGGGCUCUCCUUCAUUUUAUCAUGCCGGAAAAGUUUGAUGAUUGGGAGUCCUUUGAAUCACAACACGAUGGGGAUAAUAUGAAGAAAGGCUUCCAUCGUCUUCACCGACAGUUGGAGCCCUUCUUGCUACGCAGGGUUAAAAAAGAUGUUGAGAAAUCGUUGCCAUCUAAGGUUGAGCAAAUCUUGCGUGUGGAUAUGAUGCAGCAGCAGAAACAAUAUUAUAAAUGGAUCCUAACCAAAAAUUAUGAAAUGUUAAAGAAAGGCAAUAGAGGACCAACGUGUAGUUUUGUCAAUAUUGUGAUGGAACUGAAGAAGUGCUGUAACCACUGUUUUUUGACAAAACAACCAGAAGAAGUUAAUAAUGCAGAAAUAUUACAGCAAUUAUUAAGAGGUAGUGGUAAAUUGAUGCUGCUCGACAAACUCUUGGUACGGCUUCGAGAAACUGGCCACCGUGUUCUUAUCUUCUCCCAAAUGGUGCGCAUGCUAGAUAUUUUAGCUCAGUAUCUACAGUACCGACGAUUUCCCUUCCAAAGGUUAGAUGGCUCAAUUAAGGGUGAAGUACGAAGGCAGGCUCUUGACCACUUCAAUGCUGAAGGCUCAAAUGACUUCUGCUUCCUGCUCUCAACGCGAGCUGGAGGUCUGGGCAUCAAUCUUGCCACAGCUGACACUGUCAUCAUCUUUGACUCAGAUUGGAACCCCCAAAAUGACCUACAAGCUCAGGCUAGAGCACAUCGCAUUGGCCAGAAAAAUCAAGUGAAUAUAUAUCGACUAGUCACAAAGAACAGCAUUGAAGAGAACAUCAUAGAAAGAGCCAAGCAGAAGAUGGUCUUGGAUCAUCUUGUCAUUCAGUCUAUGGACACCUCAGGACGCACUGUAUUUAACAAAAAGAUAUCAAGCUCAAAUUCUACUCCAUUCAAUCGUGAGGAAUUAAAUGCAAUCCUUAAGUUUGGAGCUGAGGAACUCUUCAAAGAUGAUGAUGAGAACGAGGAGGAACCUGUCUGUGAUAUAGAUGAAAUCCUUAAACGAGCUGAGACCAGAGAAGAGGCGCCAUCUAUGGUUGGGGAAGAACUGUUGUCUGCUUUCAAGGUUGCUUCAUUCAAUUUAGAUGAAGAUGAAGAAGUAUCCAAGAUGGAUUCUAUAGCAGAUGAGAAUACCAAAGAUUGGGAUGAAAUUAUCCCCGAAGAUUUUAGAAAUAAAGUAGAAGAGGAGGAACGUCAAAAGGAGAUGGCAGAUUUGUAUCUGCCUCCAAGAAAACGAAAAACUUUAAAUCAAGGUGGUCAGAAGGAAGAGGAUAAAUCGCCACGUUCUAAGAAAAAGAGGGACGAAUCGGAGUCCAGUAAUGAUGACACCGAUGAUGAGCGGCCCAAGAAACGUGGUCGUCCUCCCAUGCACCGCAAGGAGACUAUCAAAGGGUUCACUGAUGCAGAGGUCCGAAGAUUUUUCAAGAGUUUCAAAAAGUUCAGCAAUCCCUUGCGGAGAUUGGACACCAUUUCUCAUGAUGCUGAUCUCAGAGAAAAGCCUAUGAAUGACUUACGUAAACUAGGCGAAACUAUUAUUGAACGUUGUGAAGAAUCCAUGAAAGAACAUGAGAAAGAGAAAGAAAAUGAAAAGGCUCCAGAAGUGAAUGGUGAAGGUCAACCCAAGCAACGACGUGAUCGAGGACCAUCUUUUAGGCUGUCUGGAGUUGCGAUUAAUGCUAAAACAACUCUAGCAACUUUAGAGGAGUUGGCUCCUCUUGACAAUGUAGUUCCUCAUGCACCUGUGGAGCGAGCUUCUUGGACAUUACAGAUCAAGAGAGUCAAAGAUGCUCAUUGGGAUAUUCCAUGGGGUAUUGCUGAUGACUCGAGAUUGCUUCGUGGCAUCUAUGAGUAUGGUAUGGGGUCAUGGGAGCAGAUUAAGAGAGAUCCAGCCCUUAACCUGGAGGACAAAAUAUUUCUUGAAGGUGACUCCAAACCUCAAGGAAAACAUUUAGAAAGCAGGUCACAGUAUCUUCUCAAACUGAUAAAGAAACACAUGGGAAUAGGACCUGCCAAACCAAAUAUCCGCAAAGCAAUGAAAGUACCAAAGCCUAUAAAAGAGCCUAAAGGAAUUUCUAAAGCUAUUAUAGAAAAUGAUGAUAGUUCAGAUGAUGGUCUACCAAAUUCCCAUGGAUCUUCCACCAGCACAAAGAAGACAUCCAAGGAACAAAAGGAACACAAGGAAUCAAAGCCAAAAUCAAAAGAUAUUAAGGAAGAAAAAGAAGAUGGAGAUAAAGUUAAGGAAGAGACAGACAUCAAAGAUGCAGAAAAAGCAAAGAAGAAGAAGGAGAAGAAAGAUAAAAAAGAAAAAAAGGAUAAAGAGAAGAAAGCUGGACCAGUGCAUAUUACUGCAAAUGGAGAGCCAGUUCCUUUAGAUGAAACAAAAGAAUUGGAUAAAACUCACCCUCUAUGGGAUGAGUGCAAAGAGAAGAUGAGGCCCAUGAAGAAAGCAUUGAAAACUCUUGAUAAUCCUAAUGAGAGUCUGAACCAGGAAGAGCAAAUUCAUCACACUAGACGGUGUCUAGUUCAAAUAGGGGACCACAUUGAACGUUGCCUAGAGUCUCUGAAGGAUCCAGACUCUGUACGAGAAUGGAAAAGUUUGUUGUGGCAGUUUGUGUCUAAGUUUACCGAAUAUGAUGCAAGGAAACUUCACAAGUUGUACAAAAAGAAUAGAAAAAUACAAGAGGAUAAGAAAGAAGGAGAGAAAGAUAAAGAUGAUAAAACUAAAAAAGAAGAUAAGAAAGAAAAGAAGGAGAAAGACCAUGACAAAAAGAAAGACAAGGAAAGCAGAGACAAACAUCAUUCCCAGAAAAGAAGAAUGGAGGAAGGUGGUGGCCAUAGUCCAUCCAAGAAGCCUUAUAAUGGGUGGGCACCCAAGGGCCGAGAAGGUGAGAAAUGGAGCGAUAGAGACAAGAGCCGGGAUCGUGAGAGAGAGAAAGAACGCAACGAUAGAGACAGACAGAGGGACAGAGAGCGUGAUAGAGACCGUUAUUACCGCAAUCAUGCCGGACCUGGCCGAGACUGGCAUGGCAAUCCAGGGGCAAGGGAUUUCAAAGAGAGCCGGUAUCCUCAAGACUAUAAGAGAGAAGGUGGAGGAAGUUACCAUCGUGAAGGGUAUAAACCUCAUGGAUAUCACAGAGGUGGAGAAUGGGGUCCACGUCCUCAUCAUCCCAAACAUCCCUAUGGACCUCCAGGUGGAUAUGGUCCAUCGUAUUACCCUCCACAUCCCCCUGGCCCACUCAUGUAUGGAGGCCCACCACAACCAGGCCCAAUGCCACAUAGGCCUCCACCAUUUGGUGCUCACCGUCCAGAAUGGGUUCCAAAGGAAAGAAUGGAAAGACCUGAUAGACCCUCACAAGAAUGGGGAAAAGACAGACCUCCAGCAUAUCAAAAAGAUUUCCCUUAAAGCCUGUAUAUAGUAUUAGUUGCAUAUUUACCCUAGCAUUAAUAACCUAAAGAUCUCUUGCAUGUUGUGAGCAUGAUAUUUCAUUUAGUUCUCAUGUUACAUGAAUUACUGGAAAGUUUUCAUGUCUUUUUUUGCUUUGAAAUGCUACAAGAGAUGUCAAAAUUAGAAGUUCUGGUAGUGUCGAAGACCAUACUAAUAUAGUGUCGACAUUGAAACUGUGAAGUGAAAUUAGAGGGCAAAACUUCAAGAAACCUUCUUAAAGUUAAACAUGUCCUGUACCUCAGUGUGUCUUGUGGUACUCAAGACAUCACUUAUGAGACUUUGUGUCUCCUCAUGGCUGUGAAAUGUACAUAGAACCCAUCUUUUGAAAGAUGUAUGUAUAUUAGAUAAAUAUGUAGAUAUUUAAACAAUGAUUGGAAAAAUUCAUUAUUUUCAUUCACACUAAUUCACCAUGAUUUUGUGAACUUAGGCUCAUCUCAUCAUUAUUAUCCUUAACCAGAUGUGUAUUGAACAAUUAUUCAUCAAUUUUUUUUGAAAUUCAGAUUUAUUUUGCAUCAUGUUGCAUCCCUGUCAUACAUUCCUAUUUCCUUCUUGUGAAUUUUUUUAUACAUAUAUAAUAAAUUACUUUAUGCGAUUCCUUUCCUCACUUAAACACUUCUGAAAUAGCUUUCAUUUUAUGUAUAUAGAAUGUAUUUCUUCAAAUACAAGAACUUAGCAUGUCUGUGUUAAACUUCAUUUAAUUUUCCAUUGAUUAGGAUGGAUAAAGUAAACUAAGGCUUCUAAAAACUAAAAUAAUUAAUUCUCAUCAAAGAGUGAAAUUUUUUUUAGUACAAAUUUUAAUUAUAAUAAAUCACUUAAUUACUUGUUCCAUCCUUUAAACUUAUGGACUUUCCUUCUCCCAUGUCAUAAAAAAUACAUUACUCAUAAACUUACCAAUCAUUUUAUUAUACAUUAAAAUAUACUCCAACCUCAGUAUACAGUUAUUCAUGUAGCUUUGAAUGGAUCGUCAAGAUUUCGUAAGGUAAUUUAAAAGUUUCAAAUGAAGGAUUUUAUCUCUGCAAUAGUUUUUAUAUGAAUGUUUUCCUGGGUUUGCAUACUAGAAUCACAUCUGGUGUAUUUGUCUUUUCAGAGUAUUAUUAUAUGUUUGUAUGUGUGAAAAAAUUAUUUAUUAAAGGUUACUGAAGCUACCUUAUUUUGAAAUGUUUUGGGAUGCCUGUACCCCUAGGUGUAGCGAGUGGCAAGUAGCCAAUGAACAAGGAAUUAAAAACACAUACACAAGAGUGAGCCUCUUUAGGAUGUCAUUUUGUUCUAGAUAGAGCUCUAUAAUGUACAUCUUGAGUAAGCUGUAUUCAGGGCAAAAUACUGUCUGAUGGCACACACUGCUACCUGUGUUUUAAAUUCCUUGUACCCCUGGGUGUCCAAGGAGUAUUAAGUGUAUGCAGCUUUUUAUAAAUUUCAGUAAUUGUCUCAGUUGGACUGUUAAAUGUCAGUGUGACACACAUUCUAAUAUAAUAGACAUCAUUCUGAAAUUAUUAAAAGCUGUUCCUUGUGCUCCUGUUUACAGAGACCUGUAUCAUAGUCCACCUAGUGUCUACAGUGAAAUCCUGAUUUGUCAGUUCUCAGACAAUUUCAGUGUAAAGUAUUGAUAUAAAGUUAUCAGCAUAGUUAAUGAGAUGCAUUCACAACUACAACACACAUUUAAUUCAUAGGUAAUAUCAUUGGUGACAGGGUAUGUUUAUUUUUUCUAAUAUUAGUACCUGGGGUAUUUAUUUGAGGGAGGGAGGGGGGAAUUUAGCACACAAUUAAGAAUUCUAACUUUUAAGUAAUUUGUUAGCAAGUCUACUUACACAAAAAUACCAUUCAUUUAUCAUAUAUAGAAGUGUUAGAUUUGUGAACAAAUCAGAUAAGAUUUUACAUUAAUUUGUAAUAAUAUACAGAAGUAUUUUCAUUGAAUUUUCACUGUAAAUCAUUGCUAUUAUAUCAAAGUCCUUGGAAUGAAACAAAUUUUUAGCUCAGAUAUUCAUGCAAGGAAUCAUGGAGGAGAUGGCCACACACUUGCAGUAUUAUUGACUUUAUGUACUGUAUUGAGUUCACUUUUUUUGCACAUGUAUAAUAUUAUUUAAUUUGAGAAACUCGUUUCUUUGUAAAAAUAUUCUAGUACAGUAUUUUCAUGUUUAUUUUUCAUUUUUCUCAGUCUUUUUUACUCAAGCAUGAGUAAAUGUGAAACUGUAAACAUCAGAUUGUUAAAAAGUAUUAAAAUAUGUAAUGCUUGGAUACACAUGGCAUUCUGUUUUUGUGGACAAAUUGUCAUGAUGCAGUUAAGGGUAGUUAACCUUGAAAAUGUUAUUUUACAUAUUUAAAUGUUUUUGUUUAUCAGUUAAGUGUUUUAAUUAGGUUUUUGAAUUUUGUUCUUCAAACUUUCUUGAAUCCAAAUUAAUUUUAUAAAUUAAGCCUGAUUUAGUUGCCAGUAGAAAAUAAUAUGUAAAAUCUAGAUUUAACAGAUUUCAGAUUUAUUGGACAAAAUCAUUUCCAGAAUUGUCAGUUAUUGUUACAGUCAGCUGGGAAAAUUAAGUUUGAAUGUAAUGGACAGAGCCCAUUAUUUUCAGAAUUGUUCAUUAUUGUUACAGUCCAUUGGAUAAGUUGUUGAUGGAUUUAAUAGACAAACUCCAUUAUUUCUAAAAUUGUUCAUCAGUUAUAAGCGUCGAAAAAACAAUCAUUCAGAAACAGUGGACCCCCAGUUUGCGAUAUUAAUCCAUUCCUGAGAGCUCAUCGUAAACCAAAAUUAUCGAAAAGCGAAUCAAUUUUCCCCAUAAGAAAUAAUGGAAAUCAAAUUAAUCCAUGCAAGACACCCAAAAGUAUGAAAAAAAAAAUUUACCACAUGAAAUAUUAAGUUUAAUGCACACAAACUGAAGAAGACAUGUACAGUUUAUAGUACUCUACUAACAAUAGAAUACAUGACACUUACCUUUAAUGAAGAUCUGGUGAUGAUUGAUGGGAUGGGAGGAGGGGAGAGUGUCGAACUUAUUGUUUAGAAGGGGAAUCCCCUUCCAUUAGGACUUGAGGUAGCAAGUCCUUUUCCGGGGUUACUUCCCUUCUUCUUUUAAUGCCACUAGGACCAGCUUGAGAGUCACUGGACCUCUGUCGCACAACAAAUCUGUCCAUAGAGCUCUGUACCUCCCCUCCUUUUACGAUUUGUCUAAAAUGGGCCACAACAUUGUCAUUGUAAUAGUCACCAGCACGGCUUGCAAUAGCUGUGUUAGGGUGAUUUUCAUCCAUAAAGGUUUGCAGUUCAACCCACUUUGCACACAUUUCCUUAAUUUUUGAAGUAGGCACAAUGGAUUCCACAACUGGCAUAGGCUUCUCAGGGUUAGCCCCAAACCCUUCAAAAUCUUUCUUAAUUUCCAUACUAAUUCUCACCCUUUUUACCACAGGGUUGGCACUAGAAGCUUUCUUGGGGCCCAUGGUGACUUAUUUUG